AUGUCUGCAUUGGUAACGUCGGUCGAUAUGAAGUGUACUUUUUUCGAGCAGGCACAUCCCAACCACCAGUGUGAUGAUUUUUUGAAGCUUUCACCUUCCGAUCGCUAUGAUAAAGCAAAAUCAACCGGAGUUUGUUACAAUUGUUUGCGGAAGGGGCACAUCACUUCUAAGUGUAUGUCCAAGAUGUCAUGCAAAAUCUGUAAGAAACGGCAUCAUUCAACACUUCAUUUAAAUACUGUUUCCAGCGGCACAGCUGGCUCAAGUUUGCAAACUGCUCUGACGCCUAAAAUGCAAACCCAGCACACAACCACAACCAGCAGCGAUGCAUCUACACAAUCCGCAAUCAAUGCUUCAUGUAUGGUCUACCAACAACGAGCUUUGCUUUGUACAGCAAUUGUUAACAUUAUUGAUAGGAGCGGAACAGCUCAACCUUGUCGUGUGCUGCUGGAUUGUGGAUCGCAAGUAAAUCUAUUGACUGAAAAGAUAGCUACACUACUACAAAUGAAGCGACAGCCCAUGGAUAUUAAGAUUAUUGGAGUCGACGGAGCUGAGACGAAGGUAACAUCGUUGGUGCAGGUAAAAGUGCAAUCUCGGAGUGAUAAAUCCACACACGUUAUUAAUUGUAUGGUUAUGAAUCGAAUCACUGGAACUAUACCCGCGAAUUUUAUUGAUGUAUCUGCUUGGCCAAUUCCCACUAAUGUAUUUCUGGCAGAUUCAAAAUUCAACUACCCACAGCGCGUGGAUAUGCUGAUCGGUGUUGGACACUUUUUCGAGCUGCUAAAGACGGGUAAAUUGCAACUUGCUCAACAUUUGCCUUACAUACAGGAGACAUCUUUCGGAUGGGUGAUAGGGGGUCUAGUAGACGCUUCAAGUUGGACAUACAGAGCCAUUCAGUGCAAUACUGCGGUGCAGGAAGCAGAACUCGAAUUGCUAAUUCAAAAGUUUUGGGAAUCAGAAGAAGUUCUUACUAAAACAGCAAUGCAGUCAGAAGAAGUAGCAUGCGAGGAAUUCUACAAUCGCACGUAUACCAGAGAUGCUUCCGGUCAAUACGUAGUGCAGUUACCGUUCCGUGAAAACGUGAGUCAACUUGGCGAUUCUAGACAACACGCACUACAAAGAUUUGCUUACCUCGAGAAAAAGCUCAACAAGGACCCUGAUUUUAAAACAGCUUAUUGUGCCUUCAUCGAGGAAUAUAUUGAACUUGGCCAUUGUCGAGUGGUUGAUUCGUCUGAAGAUGUUUCAACGAGAUACUUUUUACCACAUCAUGCUAUUUUUAAACCAACGUCAUCUACUACAAAGCUACGCAUUGUCUUCGAUGCGUCAGCGAAGACUACUACUGGCAUAUCAUUGAACGAUACUCUCAUGGUGGGACCUACUCUUCAAGAUCAGUUGUUUGACAUCGUCCUACGAUUCCGUACCCAUGCCUUCGUUUUUACUGGAGACAUCGCAAAAAUGUACAGGAUGGUCAAAAUCCAUCCGGAACAUGCCAAAUUCCAACGAUUUUUCUGGAGACCAAACUUAUCUGAAGAACUGAAAGUUGUCGAACUUACUACAGUAACUUACGGUACAGCUGCAGCUCCAUACUUAGCUACGCGUUCCUUGUUACAAUUGGCAGUUGAUGAAGGUCGCAAUUAUCCACUGGCAGCCAAAAUCAUUUCAAAAGAUUUUUAUAUAGAUGAUGUUCUUACUGGUGGCAACACACUGGAGGAUAUAAAGACAUUUCGUGCUGAACUGGAAGAAUUGCUUGGAAAAGGUGGUUUCACGCUUUACAAAUGGUGUUCUAAUUCACCUCAAUUUAUGGAAACCAUACCGGAAGUUUCACGAGAAAAACAGUUGUCAUUGAAACAAGAUGGUGUCAAGAAUGUGAUCAAAACUCUUGGCAUGUUAUGGAAGCAUACGUCGCAAAUCGAGUUGCAGAGGUGUUGCAGCUAA